CAUGACCUCAGUCGCUCCUUUUGUUGUUAGAUACGAACUUUUUGUUUUGGAAGUUUUAUUUCUGUUGAGAACCUUUUUCUGUGCACAUCAAAACUUUACAAUUUACAAACUGUCCGAAGUAAUACAAUGGUCGUCCUAUCUAUCUUUCUGGCCUUUAUGGGUCAACUGGUCAGUGCUGACCAACAACAACAGCUGGCUUUGUCUUCGGCCUCGUCAGAUUUCUCUCAAAGACUUUACCAGAAAGUUGCUCUGGACCAGUCUAAUGUCAUCUACUCGCCUUACAGCAUCCAUUCGCUUUUGACAAUGACGUCACUUGGGGCAAGGGGAGACACUGCAGCUGAGAUGAAGAAUGUGCUAGGUAUUACUUCCCUUGGUGAAUCAGUUCAUUCUCUGUACAGAGAGACGAUCCAGCAGUUGAAUUCACAAUCCAACGUCCAACUUCUCACCGGAAACGCCAUCUUCAUCAAUCCUAGCUAUCCCAUAGUGCCAGAGUUCAUUCAGGAGACAGCGGAUGAAUAUUUUGCUUUAACAGACCACAUCGAUUUCUCCGCCAACGGAGGUCCAGAAAAACCAAUCAAUGAUUACGUUGAGGUCAAAACGGAACACAUGAUAAAGGAUUUACUAGAAGCAGGUACUAUAGAUAAUUUAACAGUCAUGCUGCUCGUCAACACCAUCUUUUUUAAUGGAACCUGGAACUCACCGUUCGACGAAACAAAAACAAGAAAGCAAGAUUUUCAACUGCCAGGUGGUGCGGUAAAACAGGUGGACAUGAUGAAUGGAAUCCAAAUAGAAACAAACGUAAAGACAGAUGACGUCAAUAAAUUUGACGUAGCCGAGAUAGCUUUUACAGGAAGUAGAUUUGCCAUGUACAUUGCACUGCCACAGGAAGUUGAUGGCAUCACUGACCUAGAAAUUCUGCUACAGAAACCUGGCAAGGUCGAUGAGCUGUUCACUGGUCAUGGCUCAUACAAUGUCCAAAUGGCUAUCCCCAAGUUCAAAAUUGAGACCAAAUUAGAAUUAAAAGAUGUUUUAGUUGACAUGGGAAUGGCUAAAGCCUUUUCAGAUACAUUAGCAGAUUUCGCUGGACUGACUCAAAAAGGUCAAGUCUAUAUCAGUAAAGUAAUUCACAAGGCUGUCAUUGAAGUCCAGGAGUCUGGCACAGUGGCUGCGGCAGUUACUGCGGCUGAAAUGUUUGAGAGAAGUUUACCUGUUUUCUUCAUCGCUGACCAUCCGUUCCUUUUCUUUCUGAGAGACAAAGAAACUGGACAGGUCAUCUUCCAGGGAAAAUUUUCAGGCUAAUGGUUUUAAAUGUAUUGAACUGCAUAAAAGCUAAAAAUUAAACAUUUUCAUUGAUCUAAA